UCUUUCAUGAACCAGUCAACCACACUUUUCAACAGACGAAAAGAAAAAUACGGUAAAACCAAAUCGUGGCCUGUCUGAGUUGGUCGUAUACUGACUAUCAACGUUGUUUUGGGGUUUCUGGUUAUGAUAUAAAAGACAAUAAUUUGAUAUCGGUGCGAUGUACACAAUGGGGACGCCGGUGAAUAUAUUGACAGCACUAAUCUUAUUUGUGCUGCUGUCCACUGGAUGUGAUGCCAUUGAAUUCACUGUGAAUCAGUUUAAACACGCCAAAUUAAUCAAGAAGGAGGAACUUCCAGAUUUCAAGAAAAGUAACACCAUAAGCGUGCUGUACUAUUUUCUGAAAGAUAACCCGCGACACCGAGGAUUUUAUGCUGAGUAUGAUAAAUCAGCCGAGUACCUAGGAUUGUACAACUUGAAGCUGGGAGUGGUGGAUUGCAGAGAUGCCGACAAUCUUGAUAUUGAUCGAUGCUCACAACUCGACACCCCAUCCUCUGUAUUCACUUAUAGCCAUGGAAAUGAUUUGCUGGCCUUGGAGAUUGAAACCAUGUUUGAUGUUAAUUCCAUGAUGUCAAAUAUUCUUCAACUUGUGCUUCUCAGAGAAGUUCCAAUACUCCAGAGUGAAAAGGAGAUUGAAAGUUUUAUAAACAAGCACAAAGGGACCACUGACAUUAUCUUCUCUUUCCAAAAGGCUAUUGGAACUUAUGAACACCGGAUCUUUAUGGAGGUGGCCUAUGCAUUCCAUCACAAAUUCCAGUUUGCCAUCAGCACAUCGCAGAAUGCAGUAGGCGGACUAGUAAAUCCCCCUUCAGCUACAGAUGAGGCCAGAAUAUGGAUCAUGAUGUGUAGCCAGGUCCCCAGUCCACAGGAAGAUUGCUUCAUCAAUGUGUACGAUGAUAGGAUGGAUCUGUCCUCCUUGGCCAACUUCAUGAGGAAACUUGAUUUACCAUCAAAUUUUGACAUCCCUGGCAAUGGUACCUCUCACCCUUACACCCCUGACCUUGGCCUCCAUUUGGUGUACCUGUUCUACAGAGACACCACUAAACACAUGGUUCAGGAUAUUCUUAGAGUCGCCGGGAACCAGUUCCAUGGGAAAGCUGCUUUUCUCACCAUUAAUGUAGAACAAACUCUGCCAGAGAUGAUAGGACUAGACAGUUUCCCUCCUAAUACACCAGCUAUUGCUGUGCAGUUUGAAACAAAGGGUAAACCAGAUCUAAUGACAGAGGAGGCUUGGUCCAUUGAUUCUGCCUUUGAGUUCUUUGUAAAUAAGCUACAUGAGUACAACAUGAAACCCAAGGAUGGUCACAUGGAAAGUCCGAGCGAUGUCAUGGAUAUAGGAAGAGACGAUGAUAAAGUGUUCCCUGAUGAUGGAGAAGAGAAAGACAGAUACAGAGAAGAAGUGGAGACAGAGGAUGAUCAUGUAGCAGAGGCUGUACAAAGAGCAAGGAGAAUCAAACUGGACAUAGAGCUGGCCCAAGCACUGACUGAUGAAACUUUCACCUCCAUCAUUAAAGAGAGGAAUAUUGUGUUCACUCUCUUCUAUCUGCCAUUUGACCACAGAAGCUUGGCUUUUCUUCGAGCUUACGGAGAAGCUGCCAGGAAAUUUGAGAACGAGACAGACCGACCUUUUACCUAUGUGAAUUGUUAUGACUGGACGGAUGUGUGUGCAAAGGAAAAAAUAACUCAGUAUCCAACUCUCAAGAUCUUCCACCAAGGAAAGUACCUGAAGGACUAUGGCGGGAUGAUGAGUAUCGAGGAUGUCAUCACUGCAUACAAGUUAUUGAAGCAAGAUAAACCAGUGUCUCUAUUGGAGAAAAAUGACAUUGAGAAGUUCCUAAAUGGGAUCCUUCCAGAUGGAUCUAACAUUUCAGGGAGUGUUUUUGUGGUGGGUCUCUUUGCUGAUGCUCAAAGUAAAGGUGUGAAUACAUAUCAGGGCGUAGCAAAGAGACUUGGAGAUCAGUUCACCUUUGGAAUCAACACUAAUGGAAAUGGAAAAGAUUUUGUACAGAUAUAUGGGUGCAGUGGUCUGCCAUGUAUUGUUGUCCUGAAGAAGAAGGACAUUGUACAACCAUAUGUGGCUUACAGUGGUGAUGUGUCCUCAGCAGAGGAAUUGUCCAAGUUCAUAGAACAAUCCCUCACUCCAUCACUUGCAGAACUGACUCCCUCCCUCUUCCCGCGACUGUACAAGCAGAAGCAACCAUUUGUGAUCAGCUUUGUAGAUGACACGGAGCCGUCCAGGGAGAUGUUGGAGCCGGUACAGACCCUGGUCAGGAGUGGCAGCUUCCCCGACCUCAUCUUCUGCUCUCUACAGUCGGGUGAUGGUAACAGCUUUGGUCGACAGAUUCUGCAGACCUACCACAACAGCACCUCCUCCUCUCUACCAGCCCUGUCCUAUGCACAUCUUUCAGAGGGUAAGGUAUACAACUAUAUGGACAAGUCCUUUUCUAAGGAGCAAAUUGAAGCCUGGCUCAGAGGUAUCCAGUCACAGAAAGUGGAAAACCAACCCCAGUUCUUGUUAAAGGAUGGGAAAUACAAACCCAGACUCCAGGGAUACCAUUUCCUGGAGUUUAUCAAAGAAGAUGAGUCAAUGAAGCACAGGAGAGUUCCAAACAACCGGGAUCCAGAAGUGGAGGUUGCUAAUAUCCACGGAAUAGGCUUUGACAGUGAGGGUAAUGAAGUUCAACAUCAAGAGGAAGGCCCAGGGAGGCCCGAGGUAGUGGACGAUUCCGAGGUAAGAAAGGAGCUGAUAGAUUUGCAGCAGUCCCGACUCUAUCAUCACGCCAAGGAACGACACAAACCUCCACACAAGAAGAUCUCUGAUGACCAAUCGCAGACAGUCACUAUACCAACAGGGGAGGAGCCAGAGGGCCCAAUCACCCCGGGUACAGACGCCAGUGGUACAGAGGACCCAAACACCCCAGGUACACAGGGCAGUGGUGCAGAGUCUGGAUCCACCCCCUCAUUCAAGAAACCAAUCAUCCAUGAGGAUUUGUGAUGUGUGCAUGUGAUCUAGUUCUUGGUAAUUUGUUGAUUGUUGUUUAGUUUGAUGUCUCUCACCAUUCCAAAUCUAACCAUUUUGUUAUUGUUUAUAUUUUAUUUAUAUCGAAUAUCAUGUUUCCCUUUUGGAUGGCAUUCAUAUGAAGUGAUUUAGUCAAAUGAAAGGAAGUAUUUUUUAUCACAUAGCUGUUACCUUUUAUAGAAUAAGAUCAAGUUAUAAAAUUGUUUUUCUUAGUGCAUUUCCUAUUAUAGAUAUAUGAUUGUACAUUCAAUUUAUUACAUUUACACGCAAACAUUCCAUACAUCGUAAAUGAACAUGUGGAUAAUUUAUUGAUGUUGCAUUUAAAACAUCAAAGUUCAUCUUAAACAACAAGUAUUUAAAUGAAACAUAAAUAUUUUAUUAAAGAUAAUUAAACAGGGUAAUACCGUAAGUGCAGUUCAUUUUAGUAUUUUUUUUUUUAUCUGUUAUGUCUUAAUGCAGUUUUACCUGCUUUCAAGAGGAAUUUUGCUUUAACAGAUAUUUUGCUUAUUUUUAAUAAAAUAAAUAGGUAGGUGAACAAAAAGGACACUGAAUCUCCAAGACCAAAAACAUAACAGAUAAAUCACAAUUACACAGUUAAAAAAGACAGCUUCCCACUUCUAACAUCUGCACUAGCCAACGGUUUACUAUGCUCUAAUGUAGAUGAGUACAUUACAGAUUAACAGUUGUACAAUACAGGGGAUGUUUGCUUGUUACCAUAGUCAUUUGAGUUGCUCAAUUUGUACUCUUGAUCUUUUUUUUCAACUUGCAUUUCAAUUUCUAUAAGUUCAACAUUUGUUAGUCAAGGUAAUAAUUUCUUAAUGUUUAUAUAUUAGUUAAUUUCUGUGCACUUUUUUUUAAGCUUAAACUUUAAGUUUGUGAAUUUGAGAAUUUCAGUAAUUCAUUGUGGGCUGAUGGGGGGGGGGGGGGGGGGGGAGUCCACGGUUUUUUCCACCCCUUUAUCCCCUUCCCUUAAAAAAACCCACCCCGUACUAGAAUUUAUAUUCUUUCAGUAAAAUCUUUUUCUUGUAAGAUGUAAAAUGUAAUUUUUUUUUUAAGUGCCAUACAUCAACAUGUUUUAGUGAUAAAAACUGUGCAUUGAGUGUCAGUCAUUAGUCAGUUCUUUUCACUAGUUGAACUAGAUGAACCUUUUGUAGUUGUCUUUUAUUCAGUAUGUACUUUGUUGUAGUGUUUAUACUAUUCAGUUAGUGGCAUUUCCAAUGCUUAGUGAUGUACGCACAUUGCUUAACUGGACUACUGUAAGUUUGGAUACUGUAUAUAUCAAGCGUAAAAUUUUGAGAGUUAUUUGUAACAUAUUUUUCUUUUGUUAUAAAGAAAUGAACAAAAUGCUUCAUUCGUGCAUCUAAAAACUUCUUUUGGAAGUUGUGUGCACAUGGAGGUUGAUUUUGUACUCUGUAUUUCUUUUUCUCCUUUGGAUAGGAAAUCAAGUUAGCUUUUAUUAUACUUUAAGACUUUACAUUAUUUACGUGCAUUACUUUUGAUGUUUAUCUUUGUGAUUUAAAUUUACAUCAAGACAGCUGUGCAUUAUUUAACUAUACAUUGUAAGACUGACAUUGCAGAUGAAAAAAAAAUUGAAGUUUGAAAUAGUUAAGUUGCUGUCAUCAUGCUUAUGAGGGUAUCAUGAUUGUGGAUUUUUCAAUGCAUGAACUUCAGUCUAAAAAUGGAAUACUAGUAAUUGCAUACUAAAAACCUUUGGGAUAUCAUUAUUUAGAAUUGAAUUGAGUUGUGUGUCUUUGUUUGAAAUUAAGGUGCAUGCGUGAAAGUUUGGGCAACAUCAUUUUUUUUUAACUAGAAAAUGUCAAGAUUAUCCAUCAUUAUGAUAUUGUUUGUUUCAUUGCAGCACAUUUAGCCACACAAUCUGUGAUUCAAAGCGAAUGUCCACAUACAAAAAUGUCAUAUUUACAAAGAACAGCACACUUUUUACUUUAAGUACGGUUCUACAUGUACAUGUACUACCAACUUUAUAGUUUGACAGUUUUAUGAUGUUUCAAAGUGACAUAUGUAUUUGGAUGACGUCAAUCAAGAGUCCUCGAACCAUGACUGUAUUCAGAAGUGAGUUGGAAGAUAAAGAACAUUGCAUAAUUAUUUGUUUUUCCCUGUUUGAACUUACAUUGUAUUUUUUUUAUUUUAUUUCCUAAUAUAUAAGAUUUGUUUUUGCAGUUUUGGGUACUAUUUCAGAUUUUGUUUGGGGAUUUAUUUAUCAGUAAUAAAGAUAUAUAUCUGU